UGAAAAAUGGCGGUCAAACUUGUUGCUGUUUUACGAAUAAAUCCAUUAUUUAUUGUAAUUUAGCUUCGUCAUUCUCUUUGUUAAUUUGAGAUCAGGACAGGAGACGAGUAAGAAGUUGAAUCAUUUGCUCUGAGGUAGGAAGAUGAGGAAAUCGCCCUCACCUGUACCUAAGUCUCCACGCCCCAUACAGACCAACGCACCCGAAUAUACCCAGAGAAUGUUACAAGAGCAGAACCGAAGGACGCCAGAUGAGGCCGUGAUUGGCAGUUAUGUGACACCACCCAGCGUCAACAGUGGAAGAGGUGGCGGCGAUGUUUACCCAUUCCAGACACCCAGGCCGUCCACGUCGAAGGCUGUCCGGAAAGAGAAAUUAUCUGGUGGCGAUUUUCGGCAAGUUCCAGCUCCCCAACCAAACAGUGGCUUUAGGACGACACGCGGGUCCAUUCAGUCGAUACCUGAGUCAGGACCCAUGUCCUUCACAGAUGUCCCACGGGCACAAGGGCAUUACGACCACCACCAUCAGAGCAUGACCCAGCUGCAUUCCGCGUCAAUGGGUCAUUACAAUCAACCUGGCCUGUCCAGCAAGCAAUGGCAUUCCUGUGCAGACAUUAAUGCAGACCAAGGACAUUUUAGCGAGCCCCUCUCAGAAUUUACGCUGAACCAAUCAGGUUUUCGGGAUGACAUUUUCCUCCAUUCUCCGAAACGUGAUCGCCAUUACGGCCAUAUUCAUGAACAGUACGGAAGAGACUUUGUUCCUGUACCUCAACACGGCUAUCAUGAUGUCUACGCAUCGUACGGGAAUGUCAGCUCUGGGAGUUACACAUCUCUCGCGACGCAGUCAUUGCGAGGACGACCCACAAGUCCAGCAUGCUCACCUCCACGGAUCCGCUCUCCAGGAAAAUCCUCCGGUUCCAAAUCACCUGUCCAAAAGUUACUACCGGUCAAAUCGUUAUUCGAUCCUCUAAAAUUCAAAGAUCCACGGCUUGACACGUCACACGGAAGCGAUCACUUCGACAGUUCAAAUUAUUCCAUCGGUUCCAGUAAUCGCGAUUCCAUCCAGUCACAUGACCGAGAUCCACCAAUCACAGGAGACUUGGCGCAGUGGCAGCAGAGACAUCAGAUGCAGCUGAAGAAGCAACACUUGGAUACAUCUCAGAAUGCUUACGAUGCCCAAGAUCCUUACAAAUGGGACGCAUUGAAACGAGCAGCUGAUGGGAUCAUUAAAGAGAAGGAUAUGAUCAUUGAGAGAAUGAAAAUCAAAAUGCAAGACAUGGAAGUGAGAGUGAGAGAAAAUGAGGAGCAUGUCAAACUAGCCUUGUCUCUUGGUAACCGUGGCAAUACGGAAAUGCUCAGCAUGAAAUUGCAGGAAUUCCAAUUUGAGAACGACACGACGAGAGGGCAGCUUCAAGCGACACUGAAACUGAAAGAUGAUCUCAUUGAGCAGCUGCAGCAAAAGUUGGGGGGAGUCGAGUAUGAAAACCAACAAAUGAAAGAAGAAUUAAAAGACAAGAAAGAUUUCUCAAAAGAGGAAGUGGAGAACUUGAGAAAGCAGGUCUCAAAUAAAGAAAACCUUGUGCUUGAGUGGAAGGAGCGCCAUCAGGAGUUGGUGGACAAUUUCAUGGCGAAUCAGGAAAAGUUGAAAGGUUUAGAAAGAUACGUCUCCGAUCUGCCUACGCGGGAUGAUUAUAGCUCCAAGAGUCAAGAAAUAUCCUUUUUCCUGCCCUAUUGA